CCUUCCUGUGACAUCGGGUGCUGUAGGCAUCUUGGAGGGCAGGUAGUUUAACCUGGUGAUGCGUCGUGCAAUUCGCGACACCCUUUGGAGAGCCCUGCGGUUGUGGGCGGUGCAGUUGCUGCACCCGACACCACGAUAUAUGUACCAGGCAAAGGUGAGUUCACAGCUCUGUUUGAGUGCAACUGUGUCACUAUCACAGUGGCCUUUUUUUAAAGCCGCAAUAUUGACUUCCUGCUCGUAUUGCUGUGUCAGUGUGAUAAAUAGAACAGACACACAAUGUUUGCUUGAGGUGGUGUCACUUUUUGGUUGAAUUUAUGAUGACUUUGGUCUUAAAUAGCUAUCACGCCAGUAAAAAACAAGCAAGCAUAAUACUUGUUAAUUAUCUAAAUUAAAGGGGUAUGCUGACAAAGCAAAAGAACAUUACUGCCCAUAGUUAAACUGAGAAAAUGGACUACUCCCCGAACAUCCAGACAGUCAGCCCAAGGUCGUCGACGCUCGGUCAUGUGGAGAGAAAGGCUACUACUGUCUCUUUAUAUAACAAACGUUCGAAUUGCUCUUGUUUAAAGCCGCCCCGCCCUGUACCACGUUGUUUGUGAAUUGACUAUUCCACCACGCCCUUUGUAUGACUAAUGGUACAUUUAUGACGGUUGACACGGCAAAUGGUUGCAACACAAGAAAUAAAUUACAUGUUUCCUUUCAGAUUACUUUAAACAGACAACUGUGAUGACUAAAAUGUAUGGCGGAAAUUGGUUUCUGAGGACACAGACCUGGAGACCGAAUCAUAAUAUUCGAAUGAUGGCUACUGCACUUUGUCCAUGUGUUCAAGCACCAUACCUUGUUGUUUUCCCUGGUGAUUGGCUAUUGGGGAAUUGAUACUUCUUGCCCUGAACGGAUACAGAUAAAUCGUGGAUUAGGAAUAAAUGAUAGAACAUGUAGUUUGUGUUAAUCAUAACACUAUGAAAUUCAAUGUUGAAACAACUUUUGGAAUCAACAUGCUGAGUUGUUUAAAUUCAACUGAGGAACGACUUUCACAAUUUGUUUAAUUGUCAUGCUUCGUUUCUUUCAUUCUAAGAAAUAGCAGCAGGUCAGUCCAUUCCAAGACUCCAUUUCUUGUUUUCUUUGUCAUUGCAGUGUAUGGGAGGGAAUAACAUGUGUGGGCGGUCAUAAAUGGUAUGCUUUUGGCCCUGAUUUGUUACCUACUACUCUCAGCGCCAUCUUGUUGCAACUCCUCUACAGAAGAAAUGAGCAUCGAAACGCUUUUAGAAGCAGCAAAGUUUUUGGAAUUGCAAGCCCAGCAACAACAGAAAGCACGUGAGGAGAAUGAGCUGCGGGAGAAGCUUCGCCUCGAACAGCUAUCUGACCACAAACGCAAUGAUGUCACUACCUACUCCUCCCCCAUCCAGAUGAACUAUGUGACCCGAGCAGAAGACUCCUGCCCCUACUCAGAGCUCUGCCCCGCCUUUGUCCCGCCCCCACUGCCGCCCCCCUCCAUGACUGUCAUCCCUAUCCCCAUGAUGACCUCCAACCACACAGGUCUGCCCCCACCGUCCCAACCCCCUCUUCCACCACCCUGUCCCCCCAGGCUGGGGCAGUACCCCACCUGGCCUCCCCCAGGAGGGACCCUCACUCUCCAGGGCAGGGCCACCAGGGACGGUGUGCUUUUGGCUCUCUCUCCUCAGGUGAAGACAGACCACUCCCACCACUUGUCUUUGGCUCAAUCUGGCAACCACAAGCAGAAUCAUCACCACCAUCACCUUCCACAGAUUGUUUCCCCUCAAUCUGGAACCCAUAAACUGCAGCAGAAGCAACAACAGCAGUCUCCCCAGCUGGUGCAACCCUACCCUGGCUCCAUCGUCUCAGCCUCCCAGCUGCAUUCCUUACUCCCCCAGCCAGGGCCCCCCCAGACUCCGUGCGGAGGCCAGACCAGCCCUGUUGGGGGCCGAGGCAGCCCCCCUGACCUGGACGGGAAGAAGAGGCCUGGAGGGGCAGGGACAAGAGAAGUACAUAACAAGCUUGAGAAAAACAGACGUGCUCACCUGAAAGAGUGCUUUGACACCCUGAAGAAAAACAUCCCCAAUGCAGACGAGAAGAAGACCUCUAACCUCAGUGUCCUGAGGAGCGCCCUCCGAUAUAUACAGACGUUAAAGCGCAAGGAGAAGGAGUAUGAGCAUGAGAUGGAGAGACUGGCGCGGGAGAAGAUCGCUACUCAGCAGCGAUUGGCUGAACUGAAGAACGAGCUGAGCCAAUGGAUGAAUGUCAUGGAGAUCGACCGUGUUCUCAGACAGACGUUUCAACCAGAAGACGACCAGGCUUCUACCUCUACUGCCUCAGAGGGUGAAGACGACAUGGAUGAAGAGAAUGUUCCGGCAGCACCAACAGCCUUACCCACCAUGCCUCAACAAGCCAUACAGCCUGAGUUGUGCAAGACUGUGACCCCCACUCCCAUAACCCCCACUACCUCCAACCUCACCCAACACAUCUCCAGCCAACACAAGGCCCAAACAUACCCCCAGCCCCAGCUUCACCCCCACCUGCUGUCAGCCCUGCCUGUCUCAGCUACGUUCUCCACCCCAACAUCCAGCAUCACCACCACCCCUAUCCAGGCCCUCCUAUCGGCCCACACGCACAUCGUAACCUCCCCUAGCACCCACUUCCCUGCCCACACACACAUCGUAACCUCCCCUAGCACCCUCUUCCCGGCCCACACACACAUCGUAACCUCCCCUAGCACCCUCUUCCCGGCUCACACACACAUGGUAAAGGCCCCCAGCCUGCAGCCCACGGUCAUCGCCCACGGCUCGGCUUCCCACGCCUCCGUCAUCCAGGCCGUCAACCACGUCAUCCAGGCCCAGACUUCAUCUGGAGGAGCCAAACACCUCACCCACCUAGCCCCCUCCUCCUCAGCCUCCAUGCAGCUGGCCCCAGGGCACCACCAGCCCAUUGGACACAUCACCGUCCACCCUGUUACCCACCUGGGCCAGCACCAUUUACCCACCAUCUACCCCCAACCUGUGGCUGUCACCCAGCCAGCCAUGGUGGGCCACAUCACCCAUACCAUCACCCAUGCCCAGGUCAAUGGUACUGUCCCCAGCCAGGGCACAACCACCAUCAUGGGAAAGCAGAUGGGAGUUGGUACCCAGGUGGUGGCACAUCACCCACAGCUGCUGAACCCUGUAACUAUGGUGACCAUGCCCUCAUUCCCCGUUAGCACUUUGAAGCUAGCCUGAUUUCUGAACCAGGCCAGAGCCAUCCUGAAGCUAGCCUGAGAACCAAGUACAUGAACAGGCCACACCUACCCUGAGGUGGCCAGAGUCAGACCUGGAGACCAUCUGCCCCAGAGCAGACCAGCGUGAACAGGAGCCAGCCCAGACUCUGAGCCCAAGGCAGGCCCAGAGCGAGGCAGGCACCAGGACUACUGUACUGACAAACAAAUGGAAAAGUCUUCAUACUGAACGCAGUUCCUAUAUUCACUGAUGAAUCACAAGCUGCAUUAUUAACUAACCUGAGGCAGUACAGCUGUCUAUAAGGAGUAACUCAGAACAUUCCAAAAAGAAACACCUUUAUAAUGGUUGAGGUAAAAGAGCCAAUGUUGUUGUUGUUGUUGGGUUGAGUAUGAUGUCCAGGAGGAUCAUCUUGAUAUUAUUGUACAGGAUGCAGUGGAGAGGAUCACAUUGAUACAUUUUCUCUGGCCCUCAGUGUUCAUAUCUGCAGAAGCAAAACAGCAGCUAAGAGUGAGAAAAGGGAGUCUUCGAAUGUUGAAUGCAGUCAGACCUGCAUAUAUUCACUCCAGAUCGGUUUUAUAUUUCUGCUACAUGUAUUCCACAGCCAAGAGUAUUUAAAAACCACACUACAAAUGACUGAUGGUGCCACUAUCAAGCACCAAGGUAUUAGAUUUAACUGAAGUCUACCACUAAUGCCAUGGCAUACAUCUACCAAUCAUCUGAGUGCUGAUCUACGAUCUGUCCAUAUAAUCUUAUUCAUUAUGAUUUAAAAGGUUAAACUGAUUCUAGACAAGCACUCAGGCGCUUUGUGGAUACGGACCCUGAUGUGACCAUUCAGAAGGCAACGCGUCUGAGUCCAAUUUCAGACGGGCUGAAUCGGGGUCAGAGAGACAGGCAGUGUGUGAUUGGUGGGUGUUGUUGGCGUGUCAGCAUGUUUGUGUGUGCUCUAACAACCAAGCACCAUGAAGGACCACAUUGAGAAUAUGAUUGCAGGGACCUCCCCCUCUACCCAGGCACAUGGCUGUGGAAUCAAACCUAAAACAUGGCCUGGCCCAGCCAUGACAUGUGCUCCCCUCCUACUGCAGCACUAUCAUACCACAGGCUCCCCCUGCUGGUAAAACAAAAACUGCAUGUAAAACAGACUGGUCAAUGAGCAGACUAUUUUGUAAUGACAUGUGGACGUGGCCCAAGCAGGAAUCCAACCCAAAAUGUCAGCAUUCCCACCAUGCACAUGUGAACGUGAUGACUUUUCAUGAAACUGAACAACCACUCAAUUUAGCACAGGAUGAAAAUGACAAUACUCAAGUGACUACAUAUUGCCUCAUUUGUUUUACUAAUAGCAGGAACCAGCAUAGCAGGCACAAGCACUGCAAACCGUUCCUGGAGUGUAUAUAUAUCUAUGUGUAAUAUAGUGAGGAAUGUCUUGUUUAUUGAUUGUGUUGCAGCAGUGAACUUGUUAAAACAAUGGCCUUUGGCAGUGUCAUGGUAGAGAAUUUAAAUGAGGCAGUUUGGGGUUAAACGACAUUGUAGGGCAGUCACCUACGAAGCACUCUGACAUCUUUCUCCACCAACCAUAUUAUCUGGUAUGCCUGGUCAUAACAUAUCUAGAUUCUCAAUGUUUGCCUUCCACUACACUUAUAACGACCUGUGUAGCCAACAUUAUACUUUUAACUUCUAGCACUUUGAUCUGCUACUUAACCACAAUUAAACUGGUUUACAAAUGGUGUCCCUCUUCACUUAAUCUGAAUGUUUUCACGUGUGUUUGUGAGAACAGUGGACAUGGUAGGAGUCUUCAUAUUAUGCUCAUAUUUAUAAAAAAUAUAUACAAAAUUGAA